GUGAUUCACUGUAAAGGAGGAGCCAGUUAAACAGCGUGGACUGUCGGAGAAGAGAGGAGGAGAGAAGAAAGCGAGCUGAGGGCUGUGAGACGACGAGUCGGCUGAAGCGAGAGUGCGAGGUUUACCAGCUUUUUAUUUCCUCCGGAACCCUCGACGCUGUCAUAAAGAAGCCUGUGAAGUGAAGGACUCUCAGGAUGGAGCGGAUGGAGUCAAUGGAGCCGAUCUCGGCAUACUACACCACGGAUUACCCGGAGAUCCAACCAGACAGUACUUACGGAUCCAAAGAGACAACCGAGAGCCAGGCAAUGACUCCACCACCUCCAACAUAUGACGAGGAGUUGGUGCACAAGACAAUCCUGGUUGGGGACAGUGGUGUGGGGAAGACAUCUCUGCUGGUGCAGUUUGAUCAGGGCAAGUUCAUCCCUGGCUCAUUCUCUGCCACAGUGGGCAUCGGAUUCACAAAUAAAGUGGUGACUGUGGAUAACGUAAAGGUCAAACUGCAGAUAUGGGACACAGCAGGACAGGAAAGGUUCAGAAGCGUGACACAUGCGUAUUACAGAGAUGCACACGCUUUGCUCCUUUUGUAUGACAUCACCAGCAAAUCAUCUUUUGACAACAUUAGGGCUUGGUUAACAGAGAUCCACGAGUAUGCACAGAGCAAUGUAGUCAUCAUGUUGCUGGGCAACAAGGCCGACAUGAGCAGUGACCGAGCGAUCAGGAGAGAUGAAGGAGAGAGGCUGGCCAGAGAGUACUCAGUUCCUUUCAUGGAGACAAGUGCCAAGACAGGGGUCAAUGUAGAUCUGGCCUUCACUGCUGUGGCCAAGGAGUUGAAGCAUCGGGCCAUCCAGCAUCCCAGUGAACCCAAGUUCCAGAUUCAUGAAUAUAUUGAGGCACAGAAGGAGAAGUCAGGUUGCUGCAGCUACUUUUAAAACUUAUCUCCCAACUCUUCCUCCUCCCAUAGCUCUGGGCGAACAGACUGUCAGAGACACAUUACUGAGUGGGAGGAAGCCCUGUAUCUCACUGCUGCUCACAAAAUGUUACACUGCCAUUCAUUCAAGACUAAAAGCCAAACGUACAUCAGUGGAUUAACCAUGCUACAGACCCACACAAAUUUUCUUUAGCUGAAUACCUCCAACUCUCCAGACGUCAGUUUGCACUACUGAUGCUUUCUAAAGUACAUUCAAGGAAAGAGUAGUUAUUUAUUUGAUAUGUUAAAAAAAAAUUCCUGAGGGAAUAUUUUGUAACUUAGAUGAUCAAUAUUAGUCUCUUGUAUUUGUUUGUUUUUUUUUAAUGCAAUUGCAGUCAAGAGUUAGUAAAUCUGGAGGCAGGAGCAAACAGCUAGCCUGACCCUGUCACAAACCACCUACAACUCCAUAACAUAGUUUUCUCAUUUGUUUAACAUGAACCAUGCUAACAGACAGUGUAUCCUAGCCUGUUAGCAUGAGAACUUUUACUAAUUUUGAUUAAGCGCAGUGCAACCGAUGCUAAAGGAGCCUUUCAUUUAGAGAAUAUUUGGUUAUAAAUCCAAUUAAAAACCUUUUCAUGACAUUUACAUGCAUCUUCUAUUUUUAAAAUUGUAUUUAUUUAUUUAUUUAUUUGUAAGUAAUUAUAAUAAAUUAUAAUUAUCUAUAUAAAAUGUAUUUUCUCUUGGUGAAGUUAUAUGAUUCAUGUGUCUUUGGAACAGUUAUUUUUGUUAAUAUUUUCUGUUGUUUCCUCACAUGUGGACGGUAAGGCGCUAGGCUGGUUAGCGCUUUUGCCUCACAACAACAAGGUUACUGGUUUAAGCCCUGGUUGGGAUCAUUGUGUGUAGAGUUUGCAUGUUCUCCCUGUGCCUGUGAUGAUUUUUCUCAUGCAUAUUGGGUUAACUGGUGUUUCUAAAUGAACUGUAGACCGUAUGUAAGGAACUUAAACUACUUGGAGCAUGUAGAAUAAACAUUGGCAUGCAGAGCAAUGCAUCUGUGAACUGUGUCUCUGGGAGAAGGAUUACUGUGAAGAGCGAACAUUCGAUACUAAGUACUUGAGUUGUUGUCUGUUAUUUAAGGAGGCGUUAUGUACAUACAGCAUGAGUUGAAUAAUUUUAUAUGGUGUUAUACUGUGCAAAAGUCUUGGGUCAUCCUUGUAAUAGUUGCAGCAUCUCUGGGGGGGGGGGGUGUCAAACCAAGUGCUCCAUUGUCUGUUUUUCUAUCCAGGUGUGCUUUUAUUGUACAUAAAGUGUGUUUGGGAUCAUUGUCAUGCUGAAGAAUUAGGCCAUUAUCAAUCUGCUGCUUGCCCGAUGGUAUUGAAUGUUAGUUCAAAUUCUGACCAUACUUAUCUGCAUCCGUAAUUUGAUCAAGUUUUGACAAUAUCCCCAACAUCACUGGGUGAAACACAGCCUCAAACCAUGAAAAGGUCUCCACUUACAGAUGGCUGUUGAAACUCAACCUCUACUGGCAACUCAUUGAGCCAAAUUUGAAUUUAUCACUGCAUAAGACCUGUUAGCACUGAUUUUCACUCAAGUUCUUGUGUAAUUUGGCACAGGUAAGCCUUUUCUCCCUGUUCCCAUUCCUUAACAAGAGCCUCUUGACAGCCAUCUUUCCACUGAGACCAUUUCAGCACUGUAAGAUCUAAUGAGAUGACAGUAUUUAAAAAAAUUAUGCAAACUUGUUGCCUUAGAGAAACUAAUUACAGUUUAUUUAAGAUAUACGCAGUACUUUGAAUAAUCAGAUUUUUCUGAGAAUGAAUUAAUGAAAAAGUCAACUGAUGAAUAUGUCAGUUGAAAUAAAUAAUUCGUUUUUAGAACUUUAUAUAGUUUGUUUUUGCUCUACAGGCCAAUUAAAAGCUCAGUUGCACAUGCACGCUGAACAUGCAUUUGAAAGUGCCUCCAUUUUUAUUUUUGUAUAAGAAUACACUAAUAUGAACAGUAAAUUUGGGUAAUCAGUUUUUAAAUGCUCAGGGCUGAAUUUAGAUCCUCCAACAGAUAUUUUCACAAAGCUGCAUUACAUUUUUUGGUUCCUCCUCUCCUGGCAGUAGCAUGUAUCUUAAUGCUACACUGUGUUAUUUGCUAACGCUGUAAGAGACAUUCUGUACAGAGCAUACAGGAGUUUUACCAAAACCUUUGAAAUCUGAAAUAAAAGAGUGGGAGUACAAGUUUUUAUUGACCAGAAAACCAUAAUGAGCUGAAGAAUGCCAAACUGCUACGUAAAGAAGAGGGGAAGUAGUGAGUGGUAUUUCUCUCUGUGUCUGUCCCUCCAGGUUACACAUUUUAAAUAACACGAGUUAAUACAUUAAGGAAAGGUUGCUUUUGUGACAUUUGUUUUGGACAGUAGUCUACAAUGCUCUUCUGCAAAUAUUACUGCUUGAUGAGUGUAUGUUUGCUGUGUUACUAAGUUUGGACAGGUUUGAUAUACUUCUAAAUUAUUCAGAUUGUGGUCAGCAGACCUUUUGUCUAUUGAGCAGCUGUUUUGUUUUGACAACACCACUGCCACAAGCAGUGUUUUAUGUGCUGUAUGCUGGAUAAAAAUAAAUAAAUUAUUUUUACCUGCAGGGGUGCUCUCUUACCUGCAGACAACCAC